AUGAAUUGUUUUAGGGCCCUUUUUUCGGGUGGUGCUUUUUCCAAGUCUAUUACUUCUUCGUUCUUAUCUUUAAUUCCGAAAUCUUCUAAUCCUUUGGGUUUGGACGACUAUAGACUCAUUUGCUUGGUCGGGAGUAUUUAUAAAGUUAUUUCUAAGGUUUUGGCCGGUAGGAUUAAAAGGGUGUUGCAUUCCAUAGUUUCUCCUUGUCAAAGUGCUUUCGUUUCGGGUCGUCAAUUGCUUGAUGGGGUUCUUGUGGCAAAUGAAUUGUUGGAUUUUUCUUUGAAGGAAGGAAAGAGUUGUCUUCUUUUUAAAGUGGAUUUUGAGAAGGCCUACGAUAAGGUUAGUUGGAAUUUUCUUAGAUUCAUGUUGAAAAGAAUGGGUUUUGGGGAGCUAUGGAUUAAGUGGAUGGAAAUUUUGAUUUUUUCUAGCAAAAUGUCGGUCCUCGUUAAUGGUAGUCCUUCUAAGGAAUUUAUGGUGGAAAGGGGUUUACGGCAAGGGGAUCCCUUAUCACCUUUUCUUUUUGUUUUGGUUGCGGAAGGGCUUAAAAUUUUGGUUGACAAAGCGGUGCAAAAUGGGGAUUUUGUUGGUUGUGAUGUCAAAGGGGGAUGA